GUGGUUGUGGAUUUUUGCCACACGCAAAUCUUUGAUAGUGGAUAACAUCUCCACUAUGUUUAGAGAAAUAUUUCCUUGUUUUUCAAAACAAAAUAAUCUAGUAUAAGGCUAUGCUAGGUUUUCAUGGACUCUAGACUCCGUAACUUCUCCCAGGUUCUAGUAACUUCAAAACGUGUAACGACUAACAGAUUCUUCUGUACCCUCAGGGUCCAUACUCCUCGCCAAAGCCUCUUUUCCUCGCAGCUGUCCGCAUACGUCAUCAGGGGACCACCAAGAUUGUCACGAGGGAACCCGCGGGACUACAAACAUGGCCAAUGAAUCUACACCAAACCGAUGGACCAGCUUUGAAGAAUUCUGCGGCUAUUCUCCUUUUAUGUUAACCAGCCUCUGUCUGCUUCGCAUGGAGCGCCUCAAGGGGGUGGUGGCGUCCUACAUACACUGGUUUUUCUGGCUCGUCAGUUUCCUGGCAACCAUCGUGCCGUUCUACAGCAAUGUUAAAGAGAGUAGAGACGACUUCGACAAUUUUGGCUACGUCACUGACUUCAUCUACUUCGUGCUCCUGUUGUUACAACUCUUGAUCUCUUCAGUGGCUGAGAAGAGGCCGGUCGACUACAGGGAUCUCAGUGAGGAAGUAGAGUACCCUAGUCCAGAGCUGACGGCCUCAGUGCCCAGUCUUUUGACCUUUUGGUGGAUCGUUCCAUAAUGAAAGUUUGCUCUGACCUCUUGUUAUUUGCUACACCCAAAGUCACAGAGCUUUGACUGUCAGUUCCAUCGGCGCCGAGAAAUCUGCCGGAGAGAUCGUGAACCUGAUGGCUGUGGACACCCAGAAGUACGAAGACCUCUGUUUGUACCUGCCCAUGGUCAUAUCUACACCUUUUCAGCUUGGAUUGGCCAUCUACAUGCUUUAUGACCAGCUAGAGGUUGCUGUGUUUGCGGGCAUGGGGACGAUGCUGCUGGCUGUACCCUUCAACGCCGUUGUAGGAGUCUUUAUCAAGAAAUACCAAGAACUGCUGAUGGCUUAUAAAGACCAGAGAAUGAAACUUUUGGGGGAAGUGUUAGAAGGCAUCAAGGUCCUCAAGUUAUACGCCUGGGAAGGAUCUUUCCAGAAGAAGAUUGAGGAGAUUCGGGAGAAAGAAGUCAAAGUCCUCUCCAAAUUCAGCUUUAUGAUUGCUGUGACCAUCUUUGUUUUCACGAUCAUGCCGUACAUUAUCAAGCUUGUAUCGUGGGGGGUCUAUAUAGAGAUCUCUGACGAGGGGUACCUCAGCCCAACCGUUGCCUUCGUUUCCAUGUCCCUGUUCAACAUGCUCAACCAGCCCUUGACCAUGCUACCCUUGUUCUUCCCAAUGUUUAUUCAGGCCAUCGUUGCCACGACAAGAAUUAGUGCCUUCCUCAACGAAGAGGAUAUUAAACAAAACGUCAAGAAAGAUCCUUCAGCAGUGAAAGCAGUUCGGAUCUCAAACGGAAAUUUUACCUGGGAUAAGAGUCAAGCUCUGCCUACUCUAAGAGAUAUCAACGUGGCUAUCAAAUCGCGAGGUCUCGUUGCCGUUGUGGGUACCGUGGGCAGCGGCAAAUCGUCUCUUCUGUCAGCCAUCUUGGGAGAGAUGGAGAAGCUGACUGGGACUGUGAUAGUCAAGAGCUCCAUUGCCUACGUCCCUCAGGAGGCGUGGAUUCAGAAUGCCACUGUCAGAGACAAUAUUCUAUUCGGGUCUCCGUUGAACUACCGAAGAUAUGAUGAGGUCAUCGAAGCGUGUGCGCUCAAGUCAGAUUUGGAGAUUCUGCCUGCUGGGGACCGAACGGAAAUAGGAGAAAAGGGCAUAAACGUGUCCGGUGGUCAAAAGCAGCGCGUGUCCCUGGCCCGGGCUGUGUACAGUGACCAGGACAUCUUCCUUCUGGACGACCCGCUCAGUGCCGUGGACAGUCACGUGGGCAAACACAUCUUUACUAACGUCCUCAGUCACAGAGGCCUUCUGAAAGACAAGACCCGUAUCCUGGUGACCCACGGCGUGCACUGGCUCCCCCUGGUGGACCAGAUUGUGGUGCUCUCUGACGGCCGGGUCAGCGAGGUCGGCAGUUAUGAGGAGCUGCUCAGCAAAGAUGGCGCCUUCGCACAGUUCCUUAAGGAACAUCUGCAGGACAAUAUGGAGGACAGCUCUGAGGGUGAAGUUGAUCCAGAAGUGGAAGCUUUGAAGCGCAAAGUGAUUGAAAGACUGGAGUCCGUGAGCGGACCUGUUAUGUCAGGGCAUUCUUCCCAAGAAGAUGAGCAAACAAAGAGUUUUGGAAACUCUGGUUCAUUGAGACGGCGCAAGUCCCAGUCUGCCCCCAGACGCCGGUCAAGUGUACAGCCAAAGAGACAGCGCAGUGCUGUUGAUGAAAUCCUGGAAUCCUCUCUGAAUAUCCCCAAGAAGGAUCCGGUGGCGGGAGAGAGGUUGAUCGAGGAGGAGAAGGGAGCUGAAGGAAAGGUCAAGCUGGACAUUUUCAUCCACUAUAUGAAAGCCAUCGGACCCUGGACCUGUGGAAUUGCCGUGUUUCUAUAUGCCUGCCACUCUGGAGCCAGCAUCUUCACACCUCUGUUCGUGCUAGGUUUCUCAGUGAUCGCUGCCUUCACCAUGACAAGAGCCGCCAAGAGGCUGCAUAUGGCGAUGCUGCAUAAUAUUAUGCGCGCUCCAAUGGCAUUCUUCGACACGACUCCUAUCGGACGGAUUAUGAACCGAUUUUCUCGAGACUCCGAAACGGUCGACUUUUUGUUACCUAACACGAUACAGAAUACGAUGGAGGGCAUCAGUCAGGUCAUCGUUACUAUCGUCAUCAUCAGCUACAGCACGCCCAUCUUCCUGUCGGUUCUGGGACCUUUGGCGAUAAUCUACAUUCUUGUGCUGAUCACGUACAUCCCCACAUCCCGUCAGUUACGACGCAUCGACUCCGUCACUCGCUCUCCCGUCUAUGUGCACUUCUCCGAGACUCAAAAUGGUGCCUCCUCCAUCCGGGCGUACGGAGCCCAGGAGAGAUUUAUACGUCAGUCCAAAGCCAGAGUGGACCACAACUUCAAGUUCUACUUCGCCGGAGUAGGACUUAAUACAUGGUUAUCCUUAGUCUUACAAAAUCUGGGAAACGUAGUCGUCUUUGCCGCUGCCAUCUUUGCUGUGACCAACUCGGACAUUGAGACCGAAAUCGUCGGGAUGUCAGUGACCACAGCUAUGCAGAUGACUGUGGCCCUACAGAUGCUUGUACAACAACUGAGCGAGGCUGAAAUCAACAUCGUGUCCGUGGAAAGAAUGCGGGAAUACACAUACACCCCACGGGAGGACGACUGGGUCUACCCUAACCGCCGGCCGGACCCAGAAUGGCCUCAGAAAGGUAACGUGGAGUUCAAUGAGUACAAGACACGCUACAGACCUGGCCUUGACCUUGUGCUCAGAGAUAUCUCCUGCCAAAUCAAGGGAGGGGAGAAGAUCGGUAUCGUGGGCCGCACGGGCGCCGGCAAGUCUUCCAUGACUGUGGCUUUGUUCCGCAUCAUCGAGGCGGCCGGCGGGAAGAUCGUCAUAGACGGCCUGAACAUCUCGGACAUGGGGCUACAUGACCUCAGGAGUAGACUCACUAUACUGCCACAGGGUGGCCUGUACUAUGAGUGUGGGGAGGGAGGCAGCAACCUCAGCGUUGGUCAGCGUCAGUUGGUGUGUUUGGCGCGGACUCUGUUGAGGAAGACCAAGAUCCUGGUGCUGGACGAGGCCACAGCGGCUGUGGACUUUGAGACGGACGAGCUCAUUCAGAAAACUAUUAGGACACAGUUCCAGGACUCGACAAUACUCACCAUUGCUCACAGGCUCAACACCAUCUUAGACUACGACAGGGUGAUGGUGCUGGACAGGGGUUACAUCAAGGAGUUCGCUGCCCCCAGCGCUCUUCUAUCUGACCCCUCCACUAUAUUCUACGGCAUGGCCAGAGACGCAGGCAUUGUUUGAGCGUCCGGACGCACCAGAUUUAAGCAAGCAUCGAAGACCAAGAAGAACCUGGCUGGAUGGAGUUAAAUAGGUCCUGGAACAACAUAACAUAUCUAUCACAGACGCCACACACUUAGCACAAGACCGAAACGUGCACCUCCCUGCGACAUCCUAAGGAUACCAGAGAAAGAAGAAGUAAAGUAAAAGUAUCGGUUGAGCAACACAUCUGGAGAAGUGGUCUAUAAUUGCAAAGGCUAUCGUUCGCAUAUUGCAGAUAAUAAUAUUUUUAAAACUUGGCAGCUAGGGUGUUUGAUAGUUUCAGUAAGUGUUUUCUUUCAUAUUUAGUGCAAAAUGGCCACUGAUACUUAUUGCGAUUGCUAUCACAUGCGCUGGAACUAAUUCGAGGAAUGUAAAGCGUUAUUCAAAAAGUAAAACAAUGAAACUGAUAAAUACUGCACACCACUUGAUAGAAAGAACAGGCUCAAUGGAAGCGUGGUUGGUAAUGGUAACCAAAGACAUAAAAUAAGUUGACAAUAAAAAUCAAGCUUUAAUUAAAAUUAAAUUUAGGAAUCUCAUUCGUUUGCCUCCAAAAUCCGAGAAUUACACAGAGGCAGAGUGGGUUUUUAAAAAGUAGGUAGCAAAACAGACAAAUAUCAAAUUUAGUCUUUCGUCAUCUUGAGUCAUAAUUGUAAUAAAACUGUUCAUAGAAAUGAAAAUGUUCUCUUCUUUGUUAAGUAUGCGUAGCAAGUAUCUAUAAUGGCCAGGGAGUUUGAUAUAUAAUAUCAAUGCUAGUUAUGUUCCACAGUUUCAUACCCAGUACCCAGGCUAGGUAAAUGGUUAGACUCGUUGCCUUGACCAGUCUGUAUUGUUUGUCUGAGUAAACUGAAGGACGUCGACACAAUAAUGAGUAUUUGGUGCUGGGGAAAAAAGAAUACAUGCACACAGGAACAAAGAGAGAAACUUAAAAAGUGGGACCAAUUAGUGACGCCCUCAAACCAUUCACCCUACUAUGUUAAUAAAACGGGUGAAUAAAUACAACUUGGAAUAGUCUACCAUAUUUCAUUACUCACGAUUUAUCUUUCAGUUUCAUUUUAAAUGCAUAAUAAUUUCUCCUAAACACAGGGCUGCGUGAAUGCGUAAGUCUUGCGGAGCUCAAUAAGACAAGCUGUGAUUAUUUAUUGUAUGGCUUUUACAUGUUGGUACUAGAUCUAGAUUCCCGUGGUAUUUAAUCAUUAGAAGUUAAAGCAAAAUUGAGGUGAGUGAGAAUGAAGGUCCUCUUGGGGACAGAAACGAGCCCUCAGACUGUUACAGCCUUUCUUCAACUCAAGCAAAAUGUUUUAAUUAGCAAAUGGAAUCAAAUUAAAAACCUGUUAUUGUUGCCCAUUGUAAUAAGGAACAGGAGGAUAUUUGCUUUAAUCGUGUGUACAUGUAUAUUAUAUAGUUAACAUAUAUCUAUAAAUGCAUAUAGAAAUAUACAUGUGUGU